AUGAAACCUCUGUAUCUCUUUCUCGGCGUGGAGAACAAUCCUAUCUUUGAAGAACUCUUGGCCACCAUCUCAUCGUCUUACUCGUUCGAUCUCGGUCAUCUCGAAGUCCACGAGAACAGAGCUUCGGUCUCCCCCGCCAUGCAACUUGGCCAGUAUGCUGCGAGACUUUCCAGUCCGGUUUUUGGAGACGAGAGGACGGGGCGAAUCCGGGACGAGAAUGGCGGCUGGGAGUACGAAUAG